GUUGCACCAUGCCACCGCCGUCCAAGGCCGACGAGAGCGUCCGCGUCAUGGUGCGCAUCCGCCCGAUGAGCAGCAAGGAGAAGCAAGACGGCCGGCUCGAGGCGACGGUCGCGAGCUUUGAGCGCGCCGAGGUGACGAUCACCAACCCCGCGGCCGCGUCGUCCGAGGCGCCAAAAGCUUUUACGUUUGACGCUGCGUUCGGCUCCAAGUCGACGCAGCAGCAAGUGUACGACACGGCGGCGACCGCGAUCGUCGAAGCCGUCAUGGACGGCUACAACGGCACCAUCUUUGCUUAUGGCCAAACGGGCGCGGGCAAGUCGCACACGAUGGAGGGCCUGCCCGACCCGCCCGAGAUGCGUGGCAUCAUCCCCAACUCGUUCAAGCACAUCUUUGACAAGGUGGCGAUCACCAAGAAGAAGCAAAUUCUUGUGCGCGCUUCGUACCUUGAAAUUUACAACGAAGAAGUCCGGGACCUGCUCUCGAAAGACCCGAAGGCCGGCCUCGACCUCAAAGAGAAUGCGGACUCGGGCGUCUACGUCAAGAACCUGACAGCCCAAGUCGUCAAGGACGCGGCAGAGAUCGACGCCGUGAUGCGGCAAGGCAACAAGAGCCGAAGCGUCGGCGCCACCAACAUGAACCAGACGUCGUCGCGGUCCCACUCGAUCUUUACGAUCGUUGUCGAGUGUCUCUCCGAUGGCAUGGAUGGCAAGGACCACGUGUGCGUCGGGAAGCUCAACCUCGUCGAUUUGGCCGGUAGCGAGCGGCAGAGCAAGACCGGUGCGACCGGCGACCGUCUCCAGGAAGCCAAUAAGAUCAACUUGUCGCUCUCGGCGCUCGGCAACGUCAUUUCGGCGCUCGUCGACGGCAAAUCCAAGCACAUUCCAUACCGCGACUCGAAGCUCACGCGCCUUUUACAAGACUCGCUUGGUGGCAACACCAAGACGGUCAUGAUUGCCAACUGCGGGCCUGCCGACUACAACUACGAAGAGACGCUUACGACCCUCCGGUACGCGAGCCGUGCAAAACAAAUCAAAAACAAGCCGAAAAUCAACGAAGACCCGAAAGACGCCAUGAUUCGCGAGUUCCAAGAAGAGAUUGAAGCGCUCAAGGCCAAGUUGGCGGCCAUUGGCACCGCCGGACCGUCGGGCACCACCGUCGACGGCCAAGUCGUCGCACAAGCCGUCGCGCCCGUUGAAAUUGUCGAAAAGGUCGUCGAGAAGGUCAUUAUCGAGAAGGGUAUUAGCGAAGAGGAAGCCAAGCGCAUUGCAGAGAAGGCCAAGCAAGAGAUUGGCGACGUGCGCAAGAAGGCCCAGGACGAGCUUUCGGCGGCUGCCAAAGACAAUGCGCUCGCCGAGCAUCAGAAGCGCGAGAUGGAACUCAAGCUCGAGAUGGAGCGCAAGCAGCACGAAGAAAUGGAGCGGCAGCAAAAGGCACUGGUCCUCAAGCUGCAGUCGAUGGAAGCCAAGCUGCUCGUCGGAAGCGAGAUCCUCGACAAGGCCGCGCAGCAAGAGGAUGAGCUGCGCAAGAAGAAGCUCGAGCUCGAAGAACGCAAGCACCAAGAACUCAAGCUCGCGCGGGAGCUCGCCGAGCGGGAAGAGUCCAACCUUAUGAAGGAAGAGCAGUACCAAUCCCUGCAAGAGGAGGCCGAAGCCAAAACCAAGAAACUCAAAAAGGUCUUCAACAAAGUCAAGGAAGUGCUCGCCGACGUCAAGCAGAUGGAGAAGGCCCACGCGCGCGAACGGGAAGACUUGCUCGAUACCAUUCGGGAGCUCACAGCGUCGCUCAAACUCAAAACGCUCGUGCUCGAGUAUUUCAUGCCGCGUGAGGCAGCGACGAUGCUCGAAGCCGCAGCUGUCUGGGAUGACGAAGAAGACAACUUUACCUUGCCGCACCUCGAACUUUCCGGCAAUGCCCUGCGCCCGCGACAGCGCCCGGCCUCGGCCAGUGGCCUUCGUCGCCCCGAGACCGCGUCGGAGAAAUCGCGCAAGAAGUACGUGUCGGAAGAGGAGACGCCCGAGAUGGAGAUUCACAUUGAGCGCAACCAGUACCUUGUGUACACGUCGGACGAAGAAGGAGACGGGUAUGCGCUCGCGGAAGACAAGAUUGUGACGAGUCCGCCCGCCAAAGAACGCCCCAAAACCUCCAAGAAGACAUCGCGCAAGUCGUCGUCCAAAGACGCUUCGAGCACGUCGGGGUCGUCGACCAAGCGCCCCGAGACGGCCAAGAAGCGAUCGACAGAAAAGAAAGCCUAGCUACGUACAUGUGCCAUCGUUUGCACCGCUGUAGAUUGUUGACCUCGACCCCCGCAAGGGAUCGCCAAGGUAUAGAGUUAUUCCUAUCCAACAAUAGCUAUUUCAAACAUCA